CGCUCUUUUGUUGACGGAAACCAUCUGGAAGCAUGCAAUCGCAACCCGAAAAUGAGAGGUUGGAAAAUGAAGCUGUAUCACAGAGAGUAGAUUUACAGGGAAAAGAUGCCACUGCUCUACCCGGCCCGGCUGCUGAUAACUGUUUAAAUGGCUCUACAGUUGUUUCCAGAUUCCUGCAGGCUGAGCUGGAACUGAAUGCACGGUUACGGAUGCUGUCCUUUGGAAAACCAGUGCGAUACACUUAUAAUCCACUUGAGUAUGCCUGGGACACACAUCAAUGUUAUGUGGAGAAGUACUGUCAAGGAGGACAGAGUGUUCUCUUUCUCGGCAUGAACCCAGGGCCUUUUGGCAUGGCACAAACAGGGGUUCCAUUUGGUGAGGUGAAAGCAGUUCGUAACUGGUUGAAGAUCACGGGACAGGUUGGGCAUCCAGCUGAAGAGCACCCCAAACGACGAAUCACAGGUCUCGACUGUACUCAUAGUGAAGUGAGUGGAGCCCGUUUCUGGGGCUUUUUCCAAGAGCUCUGUGGGGAACCUCACAACUUCUUUUGCCACUGUUUUGUGCAUAACUUGUGCCCACUCAUCUUCAUGAGUGAGUCAGGCAAGAACCUCACCCCACCUGAACUACCUGCUAUGGAGCGUGAUGCGCUUCUGUCCUGCUGUGAUAGUGCACUGUGUCAGGUAGUCACUGCAUUGGGUGUCUCCAUGGUGAUCGGUGUGGGCAAAGUUUCUGAGCAACGGGCUCGACGUGCCCUCUCUGAAGCAGGUAUCAUGGUAAGAGUUGAAGGUAUCAUGCAUCCAUCUCCUAGAAACCCAAUGGCAAAUAAGGGUUGGGCAAGCAUAAUCAGGACCAAACUAGAGAAGCUGGGUGUUUUGAAUUUGCUUACCAGAUGAUUAGUAUGCAUUUAAAAUUUACCCAGCACUGUUUUAGUCUCAGACUUAAUGAAGACAUCGAUGGAGUCAACAGAUGUUUUGCCUACUAAUGGGAUACUUUAUUAACUAAAUAUUUUUAAUGUUUUUAUAAUUUUGUGUAAAUUUUAGAAGUGUAAUAUUUCUUGUAAUGUUGCUUACAAAAUAUUAGUAGAUUCUUUGUUUUGUAGGCCAUUUUGUUCGUGUAAAUGUCCUCAUAUAUUAUCCUGCGGUGUCAUUUGUGGACCUGAAAAAACAAAAAAAUAUCAAAAAGGGGGGGGGGGGGGUAUCCAUUUCAACUUAAUUAAAUCUGCUCUGUAAGUCUUAAUUACAGCAUGCGGGCCAAACCACAAUGAGUUUUGGAGGUUCAUCUGGUUUUGCCCUAGAGUGGAGUGUAAUUUUAUUCUUGGUGGUUGAAUGUUUGGAUGGUUGCAAUAAAUUCUACUUCAUGGUUGCCAAACUAUAAAA